UAGUCAGCUGCCGGGGAAUCCGGGCGCCCCGGGGCCUGCGGAGGGUGCCGCGCGGGGUGGGCACGGGCAGGGGGAGUGGGCGACGCCGCUGGUUGGUGCCUGAAAUCUGUGCGUUGCCCCUUUAAUUGUGUCCCCAGCCCUCGGGCGUUUCUGUCCAACGCCCACGUCAGCAAAUACCUUUUGUUUCUCUCACGUUGGGGCUACUUGUUUUAGGGCGCCAAGGAGCGGCUGCGAAGCGGGCUGCCUCGCCUGCGGGGACCGGGAUCGGCCCCCAGCCCGCGCGCGCGACCCGCCGGAGCGCCGCGGCCCGCGAACUUUAUUUAGUAAACGGAGUGCUUUCGCCUGUAUGAAUUGUUUCACAUAAAACAACCUCCCAGUCAGACCGAUGGUUGUUGAACUUUCCAGAUGAGGGAACUCGUUAAGCGCCGAGUUCAAGCCUUAAGCCAGGAGGUGGACGAUGGCAGCCUCCCAACCGCCUUGCUUCCUGGUCUUGCUCUUCAUUCCCUCCUAAAGGCACCUCCGGAGUCUUAUGCAAAGCAAGUCGGUCACCUCGCUUCCCUGCUCUGAAAACCUUAACUGAGCUUUAUCAGAAAAAAAGUCCAAAAUCUUCAUCAGAAGAACCAAGGCCCAAACUUCCUCUCCAGUCUAAGCUUCCGCAAGCCUCAGGUGUGGAUGGGUUUGUGGGAGCCCAGGAGCAAGAGCCAUUCAGUGAUCACCGGGGAUCUCAUGUCUUUUUCUUGGGAACCUUCCUGGCCACACAAGCAGUAAAUGGAAAGUGAGGAUUUAACCUGCAACCCUUGGCCAAGCGGGUACAUGUCGGUUAGGCUGUAUAGAUGUCAGCAGGAGGCAUCACGAGUGCCUGGACUCCCAGGUCAGGGUUAAAAGAUGUUUAUCCACGAAAGAAUACAACUCCCGUUCAGUUAGCUGAAGUUGCUUCUGACCCAGGGAUUUUUGCUAAGGAGAAUAACAAGGACAAUCCUUCACACACAGACUGUGUUUGACUUGGAAUCUUCCCUUUUUCACUCCAUUCAAUUGGCUUAGCAGGAUUUCAAGAGCAGCAUUUGUAAUUUCCAGAAUGGAGAUCUCCUCUCAUCAGUCGCACCUCCUGCAACAGCUGAAUGAGCAGCGCAGGCAGGACGUGUUCUGUGAUUGCAGCAUCCUCGUUGAAGGGAAGGUCUUCAAAGCGCACCGGAAUGUAUUGUUUGCCAGUAGUGGCUACUUUAAAAUGCUUCUUUCUCAGAAUUCAAAGGAGACGAGUCAGCCAACCACAGCUACGUUUCAGGCUUUCUCCCCUGACACUUUUACGGUGAUCCUGGACUUCGUCUAUUCCGGCAAACUCUCUCUUACUGGUCAGAAUGUCAUAGAAGUGAUGUCAGCUGCUAGCUUCCUUCAGAUGACCGAUGUCAUUAGUGUAUGUAAGACCUUUAUUAAAUCUUCAUUAGACAUUAGCGAGAAAGAAAAAGAUCGCUAUUUCAGUCUCUCCGAUAAAGAUGCCAAUUCUAAUGGUAUAGAACGUUCCUCUUUUUAUAGCGGUGGCUGGCAAGAGGAAAGCAGUUCUCCGCACUCUCACCUAAGCCCAGAUCGAGGAACAGGUAUAAUAAGUGGAAAAUCUUGGAGUAAGUAUAAUUACCAUCCAGCCUCCCAAAGGAAUACUCAGCAGCCGUUGGCCAAGCAUGAGCAAAGGAAAGAUGCCAUUAAAAAGUCCAAACAUUUGAGGUUGUCCCAGCCUUCUGAAGUUGCUCAUUAUAAGUCAAGCAAACGAGAAGCACGGACAUCUGAUUCUUCCAGCCACAUUUCCCAAGCUGAAGAACCAGCACAAAUUGAUGCUGAAAUGGACUCUACUCCUGUUGGCUAUCAGUAUGGUCAAGGAUCUGAUGUCACAUCCAGAAAUUUUCCAGAUGAUCUGCCCAGGAUGCGAUUCAAGUGCCCAUACUGUACGCACGUGGUGAAGCGGAAAGCAGACCUAAAGCGCCACCUUCGUUGUCACACAGGAGAAAGGCCGUAUCCGUGUCAAGCUUGUGGGAAAAGAUUUAGCAGGCUAGACCAUCUAAGUAGCCAUUUCCGAACAAUUCACCAGGCAUGCAAACUAAUCUGCAGGAAAUGCAAACGCCAUGUGACUGAUCUAACGGGUCAGGUGGUCCAGGAAGGAACCCGGCGCUACAGGCUGUGUAAUGAGUGCCUCGCUGAAGUUGGCAUAGACAGCCUCCCCAUUGAUUUGGAAGCUGAACAGCAUCUUAUGUCCCCAUCAGAUGGAGACAAGGAUUCCAGAUGGCACCUGAGUGAAGAUGAGAAUAGAUCAUACGUGGAGAUUGUAGAGGAUGGGUCUGCUGAUCUGGUCAUACAACAGGUUGAUGACAGUGAAGAAGAAGAAGAAAAGGAAAUAAAGCCCAACAUUAGGUAGUUGUAAUGUGAACCGACAGAGCUGGCAUGUCUGCAACUUACACUGACUUUCUGUCUCUCUCCCUUUCCAUGGUCAGAGUCUGGUUAACAGAUUGAUCAGACUGACGUAAAAGUAGUGACCUGAUGUAACUUGCAUGCUUUCUGAACAGGCCAUUGUGUCCAUUCUGAACUUUGUUGCCCUAAAAUGUGUUGCUGCACUGGGAAGAAAGACCUAGCUUGAGUUGGUAUGAUGGAGGAACAAUUAAUCUUCUUACUUUUACUACACAGAUACCUUUUUUCUUUUAAUAUUGGAAGAUCUACUUAGCAAACUCUUUUCAAAGGAAAUAUUUUAAAUAAAUUUACCACAACCAAAGUUUACGUAAGAUACUUUCAAGGUGUUUCAAAAACACAUAAACUACCAAUAUUGAGUUUUCACAGGAGACCAGGUAAGAGCACAUUUAAAGGCCUGGCACCCCCCCUGACUGAACUGUUAAGUCUUUCUAUUAACUUCAGAUCUAAAACAACCUAUUGUCAUUCCAGUAUCCUAAAUGUUUUAGGAUUAUGGCAGAAGACAAAUCUAAAAUGUUUGAAAUUGUUCAUUUUUUAAAUUUUUUCAUUAAGUUAAAAAUUACUCUGAUGUAGUCAGUAUUGUUUAAAAAAAACCCCAAAACCUAAAGUAGAGUGAAGAACUUUUACCAGUUCUUAAGAGUGAUUUCUAAUGUUUAUGUACUGCUAUAUUAUUUAUAAAGUGCUCUCUCUCAUUUUCUCACCUAAGCAGCAAGGUAAAUAUUAUUGUCUCUGAUUUACAAAUGAGCAAAGUAAGGUCAGAAAGUUUAAGGGGUGGGAUUGGACAGAUUUUGAUUUUAAACAGUCCUUUUUCAACUUUCUCUCCCUGUGUUGUCUCCUGAAAUGGCCAAGAAUUGAGGUCAAACCUUAGCAAUCAGCAGUAAUCAUAAAAAGAAGCCUAUCAGAAUUAGAAAGUGUAAAAGAGAAAGAAUUUCAUCAUCUUCAACAAUAUAUAACAUCUUGAAGUAGUUAUUCAAAUAAUCCUAAAUAAUGUCCCUACAGUAUCUAUUGACAUGUUUUUAUGUUAUUUAUGUGUAAAUUUUAUAUAUAAAACUAUAUGAACAAA